AACACUUCCAACAUUGACAUAUAAAAACUUCUCUUUUUCUCUUUUUCUAUUGCCUCUUCCCUUCAUCUUUCUCAUUAGCUUUUCUCAUUUCCAUUUAUUUCAUCAUUUCUACUUUCAAAACAUGUUUUCUUUGAUUUCUUCUUCGCUUGUUGUAGGCAGUGCGUUGCAAGUGGCUGCUUUCCCUUCUAGUUCAAGAAAACUUGAACGUCGAAACGGAACCGAGCCAUAUAGCCUUCCAUCUCUAUAUGUUAAUGCUACUGAACGAAAGGCUGCCAUUCAGGUUAAGCGAGAUACAUUUUUGUAUGGUCCUUCGAUCGCCGGCAACACUUCCUUUUAUCCCUCUGGCCCGCUUGGAAGAUCCAUUGUUCAAGCAGACGUCAAUGCAUUCACCGCAGAUGGAGCAUCUCAACGUCAGGCUGUAGGAGAAGGGCAACAGAUUGCUGCAGCUACCACAAGAGCUGUAACUGACUCCCCUCAAAAUGAAUCUGACACAAAAGGCUAAUAUAUAUUAGGCUGGUGGUAUUAAACAACUUUCUGAUUUUGAACUCCUAUACAAAGACCAGUGGCAGAAAGCAAUUCCAAAUGGCAUCGCCACUGGUAUACUUGCCAAUUAUACCGAAGACCUGUUCUUCUCCAUGUCGAGACUUUCGGUAAACCCUUUCUCGAUUGUACGUCUGGACCCUGCCAAAGACGUUCUCGAGUUUGCGGUUGAAGACUCAGUGGUGGCCAGUAUCACUGGUGGAAACACUUUAUCAGAACUCUUCACUUCUGGAGCCCUUUUCUAUGCAGACCAUCGCUCCCAAGAUUCCCUUGAAAAGAUUCCGGGGAGGUUUGCUGCAACUUGUGACGCGUAUUUCUACAUUCAUCCAACAAGCGGGGACUUCCUUCCUUUGGCAGUUAGAACAAAUGUUGGAAGCAACUUGAUCUAUACUCCUGCGGAUUUGCCUAAUGAUUGGCUGCUUGCAAAAAUGGCAUUCAAUUUGAACGACUUCUGGCACUCCCAAUGGUAUCACUUUGCCGCAACUCACCAUGUGGUUGAGAUUGUCUACGAAGCCGCUUUUCGCAGUUUGAGCGAUGACCACCCUGUUAUGGCAAUCCUACAAAGACGUAAGUUUAAUGCCGGCUGUUUGAUCAAUCAAAACUAACUUGCCAACAGUGACACCACAACUAUUCGCAAUGAGACAAGCAGGCAUUCAAACUCUGCUUGCCAAAAACGGGUUUGUCGAUCAGUUAUUCGCCUACACCGGAUCCGCAGCCGGUAUUUCGACAACCCAACAUUACCACGCAGGAGCUGGUAAAUUCCAAGCAAACUACUUCAUCAAAAAUCUCGAGGCGCGCAACCUGAUUAACUCCUUCGGACCCGAGCUCAAACACUUUCCUUUCCUCGAGGACGCAGCCCCCAUCCAUGCCAGUAUCCAAAAGUUCAUGACGUCCUUCGUGGAAUCCUACUACACCAGUCCAAAACACUUCGGGCAAGAUACCGAGCUCCAAGCGUGGAUCUCGGAAGCCGUACCAGCAAAUAUCUUCGACUUCCCUGCCUCGGUUGAUAAGGAUACUUUGAUCGAUAUCCUUACUCAUGUUGCCUUCCUCGGAAGCGCAGUCCAUCACACCAUGAACACGAACGACAUCUCCGAAGCCUCAGCCACUCUCCCAUUAAACCCAGUCUCUCUCUAUCAACCACUCCCACCCACCAAAGGCGUCACAGAUCUGAUCCCUUUCCUCCCCAACGUCACACAGGCCAUUGGGCAGGUUUCGGUCGUUGCGUUGUUUGCUAGACCUGCCUUUUUCGGAUCCGAGAAGUGUCUGGUGCAGAUGUUCAAUGGGACGGCGAUGUUGGAGAGGAUGAAUGAGGAUGUUGGAGAGGCGGUGAAGGAGUUUGCGGAGGAGAUGUUGGAGCAGAGUGAGGUGGUUAGUUCAAAGGCGUUUGAUGCGGAUGGAUUGAGUCAGGGGAUGCCGUUUAUUUGGAGGGCGCUUGAUCCUCAGCGGGCUCCUUACUUUCUUACUAUU